GAUUAUGUUCCAAAGUUUGAUAAGUUUAAGGAAUGGAUGUUGGAUAUGAAGAGACAGAAGAUACCAGUGUUGAACGAUGUAGAUAAGAUUAUGUGGAACUGGGACAAGAAGUAUUUGUUGGAGUUGGAGAAUGCUGGAAUUGAUAUUAUUCCAAGUAUAUUCAUCGAUCGCUCUUCAACAUGCACAACCACAUUGAUCCAAUUGAUUGAGGAGGGCAAACGAAUGAUGAAGUUCCCUUCUGAUCAACAAAGAUUUGUUAUGAAGCCCUGCCUAGGAGCCGACAGCUAUGGCACAUUCCAAUUCACAACUGACAAUUGGCAACAAUAUCAAGAUAUGUUUACUCAAUACUUGGCACACUCUGAUAUGAUCAUUCAACCAUUCGCCGAAUCAGUGUUGCAAGAGGGCGAGUUAUCAUUCGUGUUCUUCAAUCAAGAGUUCUCUCAUUCAAUCAUCAAGCAUCCCCCACCAUCAGACUUCCGUGUCCAGGAGACCUAUGGAGGUAGUGUUGAGCCGAACCCGAACCCCAACCUCAACGACCUGUCCAUGGCCAAGAAAGUCAUGGAAUAUGUCGGUCGAUCAAACAACUCUAUAUUAUAUACUCGUGUAGACUUGCUAAGGUAUAAUGGUAAAUUAUGUGUUGGAGAGUGCGAGUUGAUUGAACCAACAUUGUACUUCCUCAACGAUCAAGUGAUCACCAAUCGCUUCAUUGAUCAACUAUUGGGUCAUAUUGUCAACUUGAUCACAAACAAACAAAUAUCAAUUACAUCCUCAACAUUAUCACAAUCUACACCAAACUCUGAUGAUUCAUCUGAUCAUCAACAUCAACAACAUCAUAUUCAACAUCAUCAAUUACAACAACAACAACUUAAUCAAACCGAUAGUUUGACACCAGUCGAUGGUGCCGGACUGAAUAUUAAUAAUAAUAUUAAUCAUCGCCGAAUUAGUAAGCCAAACCAGAAGGCUCGCUCAAGGAUAUAUCCAGAACAAACCAAGGCCAAGAUGUCACCUCCCUCCAAGACCAUUCCAUCAUCAACAUCAUCAAGUUUUAUUACCAGGAGUAGGAGGAUACCAGUGGCAACACUCCCUAUUGAAUCA